AAGUCAAAGGUCCCUUAGGCCCGUCACCGGGUCAGCGUCAAGGUCUCUCCCAAGGACACCAAGAUGAAAACAGCAGAAGAGCCGACUUCAAGUCUUGGGCAGACCCUGGAGUGGCUGAGAAAGGAGCUGGCUGAGAUGCAGGUCCAAGACCAGAGACUCCUGCUCACGCUGAGGCAUCUUCACAGUGUCCUGGAGGAGCUGCGUACAGAGAGUGCCCACUGGGAGGACGCCAGGUCCAGUGGAGGGACCUCCCCCAUCAGAGCUCGAGCAGGCUCUGAAGGCAGGGGCCGCCAGCCCUCCUCCUUCAGGGGCCUGGCCCAUCUCUUCCAAGGGGUAGACAGCAGACGCAGCUCCCUCCCUUAA